CACUCAUAAUUCCUGCUAUAUGGUGCAGAGUCUUGGACGGUGUCAACAAUGGAUGAGUCGACGUUGCGAGUUUUCGAGAGAAAAGUUCUGCGAAAGAUUUAUGGUCCUUUGCGCAUUGGCCACGGCGAAUACCGCAUUCGAUGGAACGAUGAGCUGUACGAGAUUUACGACGACAUCGACAUAGUUCAGCGAAUUAAAAGACAGCGGCUACGCUGGCUAGGUCAUGUUGUCCGGAUGGACGAAAACUCUCCAGCUCUGAAAGUAUUCGACGCAGUACCCGCCGGGGGAAACAGAGGAAGAGGAAGACCUCCCCUCCGUUGGAAGGACCAAGUGGAGAAGGACCUGGCUUCGCUUGGAAUAUCCAAUUGGCGCCACGUAGCGAAACGAAGAAACGACUGGCGCGCUGUUGUUAACUCGGCUAUAAUCGCGUAAGUGGUGUCUACGCCAAUUAAGAAGAAAACAAUGGAUUCAUUUUUGUCGUCGUACGGACAAAAUUAAUGUUAAAAAUGCAUGCAUUUGUGAAGUGCACUUCGCGCCAGACGCCCUUCGAAAGAAACUUGCAGUUUCAAAUGGGUAAUUAUAGCAUUUUGGUUACAAUAAUUUUACUUUUAUAUCCAAACACUCUUGCAGGUUUAAGUUCGCGGAAUCCAACCAAGUUGCUACCUAGCGCUAUUCCCACGUUAACCACUGCUCCUGCAGAGGCUAAUGAACGUCAGAAAAGGAUGGAGUCCCGUUCCAAAAAAGAGAUGUUAACAACAAUGUUGAAGAAUACCGCCCCUGUUCAAGUAAUUCAAGAAGACGAGGUUGGAGAAGCACCUCAAACUGCAGGAGAGGAGGUCAUCGAUGAGAAAGACGAGAAAAUACUGCAUUUGGAAAUAGAAAUACAAAGGGUGAAUAGUGUUGUUAGAACUUUGAAUAAGUGCAAAAACGAGCAGUCAGCAGAAAUUAAACGCCUUAGGAUUUCCAUUAAAACCUCGGAAUACCACAGUAUUGAAUUGGAGCAAAAACUUAGCUGCAUUUUCACCAGCGGCCAGGUAAUAUUUUUCAACGUGUUGACCUAAAUUCCACUGACCCAAUUGAAAAAAAUGAUGACUUGGAGAUUCUCAACAACGACGGACUUGAGAAUUUGGCAGGGUACAUCUGCCACAAACUCGGUAAAGACAACCCCGAAAUUUGUGGCAACUCAGAAAAUUGUUCGUCUUAUACUGGGUUGGAUCACCUUUCUGAAGGAGGACUCUCAAAACCAACAGAUAUGCUAAUGGAGCAUAUGAGAGCCUGGCAAGCAGUAUUUGACGACGUAAAUGGUACUGAUUUGCAUAUAUGUACAAAUUACGUCCAGAAGCACUUAGAUUUAAGUAAUUUUGUAAAUUGUAGCUCGAAAGUAAAAGGAUUGUUUUUCAGAGCUAGAAUGUAAUUUGGGAUUCGUUCCUUAAAUAAAAACUUAAUUGAACAUAUGUAUAGCAAAAAAAGAAUAUUAAAUAAGACAAUAAAUUGAUAAUUGGUC